AUGUUCCAUUUUGCUGGAGGCUCUACAGAAGGCACAAUACCGCAUCCUAAUGACACACAGAUUUCUAAAGUUCAGUUCUCGCCAGAUGAAAACGGUCAGCUGUUAGCAGUAUCAAGUUGGGAUAGUUUUGUUCGUUUGUAUAAUUUUCCUGCUGGUCCUGUGACAGCAUUAGAAAAACGAUCUUAUUCACAUUCUAAGCCUGUUUUGUCAUGCGCUUUUUUUAGUAACAAGGAUAUUGCUAGUGGUGGCCUUGAUAGCUUGAUCAAAAUUUAUAAUAUUGAAAGCGGUGAAGAGUUUAUUAUUGGUCAUCAUAAAGCUCCUGUGAGAUGUCUUGAAUACAGCAAACAGCAUAAUUUAAUUGUUUCUGGAAGUUGGGAUUCUUCUAUAAUGUUGUGGGAUACGCGAUCCAAAAGUUCAGCUGGCUUUGGAAAUAAUGGAGAUAAAGUUUAUGCUCUGGAUUGCCAUGAUAAUCGAGUUCUUGUUGGUACGAGCAGUCGUAAAAUAUUUAUUUGGGAUGUUCGCAACCUUGGUGAACCCGAACAAAUACGUGAUAGUCCUUUAAAGGCAUUUACAAUUUUUUUUCAAAUCCGAUCUGUGAAAUGUUUUCCCAAUGGUGAAGCAUUUGUUGUUGCUUCAAUUGAAGGACGUGUCGCUGUAGAGUAUUUUGAUAUGUCAGCUGAAGUACAGAAAAACAAGUAUGCUUUCAAAUGUCACCGAGAAAAAGAUCAGUCGGGUGCUGAAACGAUAUAUCCAGUAAACUGUAUCGAUUUCCAUCCUCUACAUAACACAUUUGUUACUGGAGGAUCUGAUGCUCUCGUUAAUUUUUGGGAUCCUUUCAAUCGGAAGCGCAUAUGCCAACUGCACAACAUUAUGAGCGUUUCAUUCAAUGCAAAUGGUACUCAGCUAGCUAUCGCCGCUUCUUAUAUGAAUGAGUUGAAGGAACGACAGAUUUCAAAGCCUGAAAGUAUUGUAGUAGUUAGAAAAAUUACAGAUGUCGAAGCAAAGCCAAGAUGA